GUGGGGUGGAAGGCCCGGGUAGCGCAGGGCACGGCACAGAGGUGCGGCCCUGCCCUUCCCUACCCCAAGACGUGGCAUGUUGCCGUGGCCCUUUCCGCGGUGGGACGCUGGUGAGAAGCAGGCGCUUGAGGAACAGGGCCCCUCACCGUGCAGUGACCCCAGCAUGGCUUGGAGCUCUGGAGAGGAAGCCCUGGGGGAGCCAGGUACACCCUCACAGAACAGCCCUCAGUCCCGGUCCCCAACGUUUUCCUGGACCCAGAGAGAACCGCUGCUGGCCCCACCUGCUUCAGGCCUGAUGGCUGAGCAGUCCAAAGGAACCUCAGUUCCCCUUUCCCCCCAGAUGGCCUGUGAAGUGGCUUCUGCGAGGAUGACCCCACUGGCACCAUGGGACCCCAACUACAAGGCUAAAGCAGGACCUCAGCUGGUGUGGGGGCCCAGCUGUGCUGCUGGUGCCUCCUUCUCAGGCCGGACUUUGUGUCAUCCUUCCUUCUGGCCACUGUACGAGGCAGCCUCAGGCAGGGAUCCCAGACCCCUGACUUCUGCAGCAGUACUUCAGAAGGGCGAGCAGGUGCCAAGGGAUGCAGGGCUCCCGGUGAUGUGCUGUGAAGAUGCCUUUCUUUCAGACCCUCUGCUGCCCCCUGGGCAGCGUGUUCCCCUGUACUUGUCUGAGGCCCCUCAGCAGGUGAUGGGCUCUCUGAAGCUGCUGCUCCCAUCCCCUAUCAUGUCCCCCCAGGUCCGCCCCACCCGGUCCCCUGGCUGCUGCACUGCCUGGCUCAGUGGGCCUGAACUGAUUGCCCUCACUGGCCUCCUACAGAUGAGCCAGGGGGAACCAAGACCUAGCUCCAUGGGUUCCUCAGCAGCUCCCAUGCCCCCUUCUGGUCCCCCAGACCCUGUCUCUGAUCACCCAGGAUCCAGUGGUGGCCAGAGCUGUUCUCACUGCACUGACCCUUCUCUCCCAUGGACCCCUGACACCAGUUGUCCAUAGCACCUCU